GCUGCCUUUUGCUGGAACAAGUAGUGGUGGCUUGGGGCGAGAGAGCUUGUCAUGGAUAGCCCGGGCUGACCUCCCCGCCCACCCCCCUCCUGCCUCAGGCCGCUGCAUGAGAACUACUUUCGUGCCCCCUCCACCCUAAUGACGGGGAACUGUACUUUCCGAGACGUUUACACGUUGUUUAAACCUUAAACGGUGGACUUUCCCUUAAAAAUAAACCGGCUUGAGCUGUGAGUCAGGCUUGCCCGGUAAAGCGAAUGUAUCCAUCAUGUGGAGCGAGUCAUUUCCAGUCACGUGUAUGGUUGAUGGUUACUUUAAUGACCGGAUUGUUUUAAAUAUAAAAGUUUAAGUGUUGUGAUUGCCAGCUAUCGGGCGGUCCGGACACAGUUACUAAGCUGCACCCGACCUUGAGUAAACGCAACACUUCCCCUUUAUAAUCAGUUCGGGCGAAGCGGGGGUGACAAGAGGCUGUGCAGUGAGUGAGUGAGCUGAAGGAUCGGUGGAGAAUGGAUACAGGGACAGCGCUAAUGCCCCACUCUGCUCCCAACCUGGCGAUGUCGCCUACACUGGACAAACCUUUUCAGUUGCAGCGCCUGGACAUAAGCAAAAGCACCGCGGCACCAGAAGCUGCUUUUGGGGGAGGCAUCGCAAGAAAACCAAGUGAGCCAUUCCAAUUGGGACAAAAUGGGACUGAGAUAGGAGAGGAGGAGAAUCUGACCUUCAUCACAGACAGCAUGAGCGUUACUACAGCUGAUGAGGAGAAGCUACUCCUCUUGAACAGGAACACUGAAUUGAGACGUAUUAACCAAAAGCUGAUGAAACUCAACCAAGACUGGGACCAGUUCUAUCGAGUCAACACCAGUGAACUUCAGCAAAGAGUGGCAGUACUGCAGAUGGAGGUUUCUGAGACCAACCAACAUGCAUGUGCACUUUCUAAGAAACUAGAUAGUGAGCAGUGCAAAAGGGAGUACUAUGAGCAAUGCUUUAUGCAAGAGAUGAAAAGGAAUCAACAACUCCAAGAUUAUGUGAGACAGCUAGAAAAUAAUUUACGCACCACAAGAGGAGACCAACUACCACCGAAAGAUGAGCCAUGGAGACCAAUUGUAAACGAAGAAAAAGCUGCCAAUGGCCUUCAACAACAAGAAGCAGAUCAAAAGGAAGCUGCACCCUCACCGGCAAAACAUGUGCGGGUCUUGGCAAAGUCAAAGGAACAAGACCAAUGCAAACUGACAAAGCCGGAUGUGGUUCAGCACGUAUCUCCCUAUGGGAUCUCCCAGAAAGGGUGUAAAGAGCUUCUGGAUCAAAUGGCUGCUCUUGUGUGUCAGACAAAGCUCUUUGAAUCAGAUUAUAAGACAGAGCGCAAAGAUCGACAACAUACUCAAGCUGAAAAUGAAAAACUAAAGAAAUUAUCAGAAGAUAUGUAUUUGCAGAUGAACCUCCUUCAGGAACAGCUCAAGAUUUAUGAGGAUGACUUUAAAAGGGAAAGGUCUGAUAAGCAAAUACUUCAGCGACUGCUUAAGAGUAAAUCGGAAAAUAAGGAGCCAGUUCUUGUCCAUCGGUGCAACAACACUCAUCAGAAAUCUCCAGACAUCAAGAAAAUACCAUGCAGCAAGCAUUGUGUCGAACGACACUCCAGCUGUUCAACCCACCAUAGAUGUAAAGGUGCAGAAAUUCAAGCUGUACCGUACUCCAUUGACUAUCAUUAGAGUGGAGCUUUGGAAGGUUUUACUGAAAAGAUUACUAUCAGAAUUCUGGGACAUCUGGCACAUGGAUGUCCUUUAUUACAAAUGGAGAAAAAUCAUGACCAGUAAAUAUGGUGCACAAGUUAUAACUAUGAGUGAAUUUCAUGCCCUCCAAAUUUAGAACGACUCGUACACAUGGAAUCAUGUGUAUGCAUUUUAUCGGUAUAAAAGGUCACUUUGUAUUAGAUCACUAAUGGUUUAAUUUAAUACUGAAGUUAAAAUACUAAACUGACAUCUGUGUUAUUUGUCAACAGUAGCUUGGUAAUUAGCACUGGUGGAUCACCAUAUGAUUGCUCACUCUAUCUCGCCACCCAGCCUAACUAGAGAGAAUGGUGAUGGGCAGGACAGAUCUUGGCAAAAGUAAAUGGUCCAUUAUGACAUGAAAGUCACUAAGAACAACAAUGUAUAAUAGAUGUCUGUUUAAAUUACUUCUCCAAAUGUGGUCAUAUUUAGGUUUCUAUGCACAUAUCUGCUUACCUGCAAAGAACAAGGAUUGUAACAGAUUUUCAGUUAUGAAGUUGCUCAUGACCUUGAAUGGCAAACAAAAGAUACUAAAAUACAAUAAAGUGUUCAACCUCCUUCACGCCCCCUUUCUGAUCACCAUGUCGUCCCACGAAUGGGAGUUCCCCAGAAAGAGGUUAGAUUGUGGCCAUUCUUUAAUCAAGAAAAGAACCAACUUCUGGUUACAUAAACAUGCUUUCAUAUUUGGUUUCCAGGUAAUGUUACCUGCAAUUACCAACUAAUAUUUCUUCAUGUGAGAGGCAUAAUACAAACUUGAUGUUCUAGAGACUCUAAUCUAGAUACUAAUCUGUAAUACUAAAAUCGUUUAGUAUUACAGAUAUACUAAUAGAUGCAGGAGGAGGCCAUUCAACCCUUCAAGCCAGCACCACCAUUCAUUGUGAUCAUGGCUGAUCAUCCACAAUCAGUAACCUGUGCCUGCCUUCACCCCCAUACCCUUGAUUCCGCUAGCCCCAAGAGCUCUAACCGUCUUUUAAAUUCAUCCAGUGAAUUGGUCUCCACUGCCCUCUCCACAACAACCAGUUCAUUAAAAACAUUUAAGAAAUUAAACAACCUUUUCCAAGUUGAUUCACUCUGCACGUGUUAAAGGAAAGUCUUCUAACCUGGAUAAGGUUUACCCUUCAAAGUAACAUAAAAUGAAAGGAUUAUUUGAUAAUUACUUUGUUGAUGUUCGUAGAAUCUCUUCUGUUGAGUGAAUCAGCUGCAUUCACUUCUACUAAACAGCAAGGGUUAAGUUCAAAGUGUUGAAGUGUAAAGUGCUUAAUUUCUCUACGGCUGCGAUGUGCUAUACAAGUGCAAUGCUUUCUAUCUAAUAUAAAUUUAAAAAUGCACUUUAUUUUGCUAAUGCUGUACUUUAUUUCUACCAUUCAUAUUUACACAUUAUUUCAGGUAUCUACUGUUUAACUAUAUACUUGGGAAGAUGUAUCAAAUAAAAUGGGGGUAAGCC